AUGGAUAGAAAGUCUGCUAGAAUAAAAGCAGAGUUGCAAAGAUAUGGUUGGAGAGUUUCGAAGAAGUUUAAAUAUAGGAAGGGAAAGCCAAUAAAAGUCUAUGACAAAUUGUCUGGUCUUCGCUACGAAAUGGAUUUGGAAACAGCACGUGCAAAUUAUCCAAACAGACUAGAGAGGUUAGAAGAAGAACGUCUUAUGGACAUGCCUUUCGAUGUUAGUGAACCUCAAGUUGAAGGACACGACGGCUUUGCCAGAUUCUACUGGAAACAUGACGAACAAUUGCAUCCUUUGAGAAGGAAAAAAGGAAAAGGUGAAGACGCACAUGCUCCAAUGGAAAGAACAAGAUAUGCAUAUGAAAAGUAUC